UGUAAACGCUUCGCUAUUUCUUGCCAGGAAAAAAACACCCUAGCCCGAUCCCCUUUUCAUCGUCGAGCAGAGGAGCGACGACGUCGACUCUUGGGAGGUCGAGGGGGAGGCGCCACCUCCUCCAAUCGGCGAAAUGCACCCUCCCACUCGCCGGAGAACGCCGUUGUCCCCGCUUCUGUGCGCCCCCGCAGCUGUCGCACGCCAACAGCCCCUCCCUCCGCCCCCGCGGCUCCGCAACCACCGCACCUCCGCAGCCGCCGCAUGCCACAUACCCUUCCCGGAUCCCCACCACAUCGCCCGGAUCUCGGCUGACCCCCGCCACAUCGCCAAGAUCUCGGUGGCCUCCCGGAUGCAGCCGCUACGCUCGGAGCCCCGUGGCCUCCCGGAUCCCACCGCCGUCGCGUCCCCUACCCCAACGCCGGCCCGACCCAUCUCCACGACGAAGCCGAGCGCCCACCGCCCCCAUGAUCCUCAUUCAGCGUCGCUGGGUCCGACACCGUCGCAGCGCGUCUCCUCCUCUCCAGCAUCUCGCCGCCGGCCACAUUCGGCAUGGCCUCGACCUCCUGCUGCUAGCUGCUGGGGCACCUCCUUCUCCGUGCGGGUUGUAGCUUGAACUGGAGAAGAAAAAAUGCAUCGACGUAGCAGCCUAGCAGGUGGAUGACGGUGUUGGUGCCUUUCUCUUGAAUUGUUGCUGGUGAUGGCUGCAAUUUGAACCGGUUUUUGUUUCUCUCCUUCCUAUUGUACAAUUGUCCUUCCCCUAUGCGUGAUGAUUCUGUUGCUUAGCACAAGGUGCAGUGUGGCGUGUGUUGUUUAAUGCUUGACGUCGAUCUGUUGUGACAGUUAGGAAAGAUGAUAGUAGCAAAAGAUGAUAGUAGCAAAAAAGAGACUGCAUUAUGAAGUAAUCUUUUGUUUC